AUGAGGCAAUGGUUUGCUUUUCGCCUGCAUGAGCGUAAGAACGAAUCGCAUUCUCUCCUACAUUCUAGAAGACUAUUUCAGCAGUUUGUGGUGGAUGCCUUCACAACGAUUGAGUCUAAUCGUUUGCGAUAUCUGAAGUUAAACCAGCCUUCUUUGCGAUCAAAUAGCUAUGAUUCUAUUAAAGAAUCUGAGAACGCAGGAAAAGUGGAUAUGAAUGGGCAAGGAACUGAGUUUACAUUACCAGCUUCAUUCGUAGGGAGUCCUAGAUAUAUGAAGAAUUGUUACUUGGAUGCUAUGGCAAUAUGUAAGCAUUUUGGAUUCCCUGAUUUUUUCAUCACUUUCACAUGUAAUCCCAAAUGGCCAGAGAUCACAAGAUAUGUUAAGGCAAGGAAGCUAAAGGCUGAAGACAGAUCAGACAUUAUCUCUAUGUACACAAUUGAGUUCCAGAAACGGGGUUUACCACAUGCUCACAUUCUCUUAUUCAUGAAGAAGUUAAAGAAGCCUACAACAGACGAUAUUGACAACAUCAUUUCCGCUGAGAUUCCUAACAAGAAGGAUGAACCAGAACUGUAUGAGGUCAUUAAAGAUAUGAUGAUUCAUGGUCCAUGUGGACGAGCUAAUACUAAUUCUCCAUGUAUGGAGAAUGGCCGUUGCUCUAAGUCAUAUCCAAAAUCAUUUUCUGAGAAGACUACUAUUAAUAAGGAAGGAUUUUCGGUUUACAAGAGGUGUGAGCUGUCAGAGAACUUUGUUAUGAAGAAUGGAGUGAGAUGUGACAAUCGGAGUGUCAUUCCUUAUAACCGAAAGUUAUCUCUUCUUUACAGAGCUCAUAUCAACGUCGAGUGGUGCAACCAAGUUGGGUCUAUAAAGUAUUUAUUCAAAUACAUUAAUAAAGGACAAGAUUGUGUCACAGUUGCUGUUGAACCACCAGACAACAUUGUUGCAAGUGAGUUAGGAGAUGUUGAGCUUAAUAAAGAGAAUCUUGAUAAGAAACGGAAUGAGCUCAAGGAAUUCUUCGAUUGCAGAUACGUGUCAACGUGUGAAGGAACAUGGAGAGUAUUCAAAUUUCCUAUUCACUAUCGAUCAACUGCUGUUGAGAAGCUUAGUUUCCAUCUCCCCGGAAAGCAAGUUAUUACAUUCAAAGGGAAAGAUAAAUUGAAGGCAGUUGUCACCCGGAAGCUCAUUGAAAAUACAAUGUUCUUAGCUUGGUUUGAGUUGAACAAGAUUGACUCCUUCGCAAGAACAUUGACCUAUGCUCAGAUCACAAGCUUAUAUACUUACGACAAAAGGUCAAAGAAGUUCAACAGGAGGAAACGGGGAUUUUCUUUGGGGAGGAUUAACUAUGCUCCUAGGAGCCAAGAAGAUGCUUAUUACUUGCGUGUAUUGUUGAAUGUUGUCAGAGGACCCACAAGUUAUGAGGACAUUAAAACAUACCUAGAUGUUCUCUAUCCGAGCUACAAAGAAGCAUGUUAUUCUCGUGGGUUAUUAGAUGAUGAUCAGGAGUACAUUGAUGACAUAGUAAGACGAAGUUUUGAGAGCACAUCAAGUGAGCUCCAGAAAGUGUUUGUUAUGAUGCUUAUGAGUAACACUUUGUCUAAACCAGAGUCUGUAUGGGAAAACACUUGGAUGUUUUUGUCUGAAGAUAUCGAGCACUCUAGGAGAAUGAAUUUUAAUAGACCAGGUCUGUUGUUGAGUGAUGAGGACAAAAAAAAGUAUGCUUUACUUGAGAUUGAAAAAAUAUUGAAAAGGUCUGGAACUUCUCUCGCCAAAUUUGAUAAUAUGCCUAGACCGCCAAAGACAAGUAGCCACGAUGAAAAUGUUUUGGUGCUAGAUGAACGCAGCUAUGAGCGAUCUGCUUUGUUAGAGACUCUUCGAAGAGAUCUUCCGAAGAUGACAUGCAAGCAAAGAAAGAUAUAUGAGGAGAUUCUUUCUGCUGUUAAUAAAGGAGAUGGUGCAAUGUUUUUUGUCAGUGGUUUUGGUAUAAUAGGGAAAACUUUCCUAUGGAAAUUUCUUUCUGCAGCUAUCAGAUCUAGAGGAGAUAUUGUUCUGACCGUGGCUUCAAGCGGCAUUGCAUCACUGUUGUUGCCUGGUGGUCGGACAGCACAUUCCAGAUUCGGCAUUCCUCUAAAUCCAGACGAGUUUUCUUCAUGUACAAUGAAGCAUGGAAGUGACCAAGCUAAUUUAGUGAAAGCAUAA